AUGAUGGAUUUGAUGGGGAUGAUGAUGAUGAUGGAGAUGAUGGAGAUGAUAGGGGUGAUGGGGAUGAAGGGGCUGAUGGAGAUGAUGGAGAUGAUGGGGGUGAUGGGGAUGAAGAGGGUGAUGGGAGAUGAUGGGGAUGAUGGGGGUGAUGGGGAUGAUGGGGGUGAUGGGGGUGAUGGAGAUGAUGGAGAUGAUGGAGAUUAUGGGGGUGAUGGGGAUUAUGGGGAUGAUGGAGUUGAUGGAGAUGAUGGAGAUGAUGGGUGUGAUGGGGAUGAUGGAGAUGAUGAAGAUGAUGGAGAUGAUAGGGAUGAUGGGGAUGAUGGGGUUGAUGGGGAUGAAGGGGGUGAUGGGGAUGAUGGAGAUGAUGGAGGAGAUGUGGAUGAUUGGGGUCAUGGGGAUGAUGAUGAUGGGGAUGAGGAGAAUGAUGUGGAUGAUGAGGAUGAUGGGUGUGAUGGGGAUGAUGGAGAUGAUGGAGAUGAUGGAGAUGAUGGGGUGAUGGGGAUGAUGGGGGUGAUAUAUGGAUGUAAUGGAGAUGAUGGAAAUGAUUGGUGUGAUGGGGAUGAUGGAGAUGAUGGAGAUGAUGGGGAUGAGGGGGGUGAUGUGGAUGAUGGAGACGAUGUGGAUGAUGUGGAUGAUGUGGAUGAUGGAGAUGAUGAAGAUGAUGGGGAAGAUUGGUGUGAUGGGGAUAAAGGGGGUAAUGGGGAUGAAGGGCAUGAUGGGGGUGAUGUGGAUGAUGGGGAUGAUGGAGAUGAUGGGGAUGAUGGGUAUGAUGGAGAUGAUGGGGAUGAAUGGGGAGAUGGGGAUGAUAUGGAUGAUGGAGAUGAUGGAGAUGAUGGGGAUGAUGGAGAUGAUGGAGAUGCUUGGGAUGAUGGGGGUGUAUUGAGGAUGGGGUUAAUGUGGAUGAUGGGGAUGACGGGGGUGAUAGGGAUGAUGGAACUGAUAAGGGAUGAUAGGGGUGAUGGGGAUGUAGAGGGUGAUGGGGAUGAAGGGGGUGAUGGAGAUGAUGGAAAUGAUUGGUGUGAUGGGGAUGAUGGAGUUGAUGGAUAUGAUGGGUAUGAUGGGGGUGAUGGGGAUGAAGGGGGUGAUGGAGAUGAUGGAGGUGAUGGGGAUGACGUGGAUGAAGGGGGUGAUGGGAAUGAUGGAGAUGAUGGGAAUGAAGGGGGUGAUAGGGCUGAUGGGGAUGUGGAGAUGAUGGUGAUGAAGGGAGUGAUGGGGAUGAUGGGUGAUGGAGAUAAUGAAGAUCAUGGGGAUGAUGGAUAUGAUGGGGAUGAUGGGGGUAAUGGGGAUGACGUGGAUGAAGGGGGUGACGGGAAUGAUGGAGAUGAUGGGAAUGAAGGGGGUGAUAGGGCUGAUGGGGAUGUGGAGAUGAUGGUGAUGAUGGGGAUGAUUGGGUUGAUUGGGUUGAUGGGGGUGAUGGGGAUGAUGGGUGUGAUGGAGAUGAUGGGGAUGAGGGGGGUGAUGUGGAUGAUGGAGACGAUGGGGAUGAAGGGGGUGAUGGGGAAGAUUGGUGUGAUGGGAAUGAAGGGGGUGAUGGGGAUGAAGGGGAUGAUGGGUGUGAUGGAGAUGAUGGGGAUGAUGGGGGUCAUGGAGAUGAUGGGGAUGAAGGGGGUGAUAGGGAUUAUGGGAUUGAAUUGA